AUGGAGUAUCGUGACUCCGGGCAUCACUGUUCAGACCAUCCUACCUUCAUAUGUCUCGACCAACAUGGUGAAGUUCUCGAUAUCCUUCAAAGACCCAAUGUGCUCGUCCCAACGGCAUCAACCUUCGUCUCCAAUGCUGUACACACGCUAGGUUACGCUCGCCGUACUAGUGGAUACUGGGCUCAUGGCAUUCAGGUUCAUAUGGCGGAGAAAUUUGGCAACAAAUGGCUGUUUAUGUAUUUCAACUAUUUAUGGAAUUCAUUUCUGCUGCGGAAUAUGAAAAAGAAUCAAUCCCGCAGCCGAUGAGGCUCCAGCACAGAGGCUAACCACUGUGAAGCACGACUAUUUUCUCCAUUGGCAGAGCGUGCGUUUAUGUUUUAUGGAUGUAGGGACAAUCAGCAACCCAUAGGUAUACAAUCAAAGGAUUUCCACAACUGGUUUUAAAAAUUAAAAAUUUCAUUUCAAAUUAUGCUGAAGUUACUAUUUUUGGUUAGAAUUUUUUUUUUAAGCCCUGUAUGAAGAAUAUUUUUCACAUGGUUGGAAAAAUUACUUGUUACAGGUAACUGAUAAAUAAGAGGUUAGUUGAAGUUUCUUAAUACUUUAAGAAUUGUCUAAAGAUUUUUGCAUUAGUAAGAGUCAGCAGGUUGGCAGUGUUUAGAACAGUCAGAAGUAGAAAUAAUUUAGCAUUACUUUGUCACAGAACUGGGGUUGAACAGUGAUGCAUGGCAGAGCAAGUUUCUUUAUUUUGCCAUGCUUCCACGUGGGUGUGGCACAUUAUUACAGUUGACUAUGUAUCACUCUAAAGUGUCAGCUUUAUCAAAUACUGUGUG